UCUUAAUCUUCACCUAUAAAAACGCUAUCACUGUCUCCAUAUUCUUCACACAACACAUCACAAGCUUGAUAAAGAGUAUUUCUUGUAUACCUUUUAUAAGAAAUAUUCUUAUUAAGACUUUGCUUCUUCAUCAAUGGCUUAUUCUAAGAUUGCUCUUCUCCUCAUCUUCAACGUCAUCUUCUUCACUUUAGUCAGCUCGACUUCGGUCCCUAACCGCAAAGCCACAUGUAAAGACGCUCUCAAACUCAAUGUAUGUGCUAAUGUGCUGAAUUUGGUGAAGGUUGCUCUACCACCAAAGUCUUCCAAAUGUUGCGCUCUCAUCAAGGAUCUAGUUGAUCUUCAAGCUGCCGUCUGUCUUUGCACUGCACUAAAGGCUAAUGUUCUUGGUAUUAAUCUUAACGUUCCCGUUUCUUUGAACCUUGUUUUGAACCGUUGCGGUAAGAAGGUUCCAUCUGGUUUCAAAUGUGCCUAAAGAUUACACAUUUCAAACUGAGAGAUUUUUGUCUUAACUUUCAUUUGUUUCUUGUUUUACAAUUCCACUUUUGUCACUUUUGUUGUAUGCUUCAUUCAUGAAAUAAAGUGCUUUUCCUUUCUUUUAA